UUGAAAUUGAAGGUACGCAGAAAAACCGAAAUGGCGAAUUUGAGCAGAAGGUUGCGGGAUGGUGAAAUUAUUCAGAAUUUAAUGAAUUUAGAUGAAUCAGAGUGUGAAGAUAUAGAUGAAGAAGACGAGGAAGAUCUAAAUUUAGAGCAAGAAGAUAUCUCCGAGGAAGUAGUACCUCGGCCUUUAGACGAAAGUGAUUGGGAUUCUUCUGACGAUGAGCCGCUUUUUUCAAUUGCACGUGCUAAUGCUACGAGAAGGUCAAGAAACCGUCCUUUGAGAUGGGAUCAUACCAACAAUUUUGGAAAUUCAUCUAGAGACCUAUAUGAUGAUCCACCACUCGUUGAUCCAGUCACAUUGAAACCCACUCAUGAAUAUUUCUCCAGGUAUAUUGAUCCACGUUUUUUUUGAAACUAUAGCACACUGCACCAAUAUAAAUAGUGUCCGGAGAACAGGAAGGUCUCUUAAUACAGAUGCUGAAGAAAUAAAAACAUUUAUAGGGGUUUCUAUGGCAAUUGGCAUUUUAGGGCUCCCUCGAAUCCGUAUGUUCUGGGCUGCUGAAACCAGAGUGACAUUGGUAGCCAAUGCUAUGACUCGCAACCUAUUUUUUCAGUUGAGAUCUAAAAUUAAAGUUGUUGAUGAUCAGUUAGUCACUCCAAAAAUGAAAGAAGUCGACAGGUUUUGGAAUAUUCGCCCCAUUGUAUCUACGAUAGAGAAAGGUUGUCGAGAAAAUGAACGAUGCCAAAAUGUGGCCAUUGAUGAGCAAAU